AUGCCGACGGCGGAAGUGGAAGCAGUGCCGUCCACCCGGCUGGGCGGCUCCUGUCGCAAAGCGUCCGCGCUCCGCGCUGUCAACGUGGGUACCUUACUCCGCAUCUGCCGCGCGCUACCCGCCACCACGGCCGCCGCCGCGUCCUCCGGGUGUGCGGGGGCCGACGGCCGAGUCCAGCUGUUGCAGGCUGUGGACACGGAGCACACCGUGGACUCGGUGGAGUGGUGCCCGCUGGCCGGCUGCAGGCACUUGCUGGCGUGCGGCACCUACCAGCUGUGGAAGCCGGAGGACCGGCCCGCCGACGGGGAGUGCCAGAGUGAACUGGAUGUUGACGAGCCUCCAAUUCGUUUGGGUCGUCUCUACCUGUAUAGUUGCAAUGGGGACAGGUCUCCUUGCCCCCUGGUUGAGGUCCAAAGAAGAGAUACUUCUGCGAUCCUGGACAUGAAAUGGUGUCACGUUCCAGUGGCUGGCCAUCCCCUCUUGGGUGUGGCAGAUGCUUCUGGGUCCAUAGAGCUCCUCCGCUUGGUGCCAUCUGAGGACACUUGGACACUACAGCCCUGCUCCCGCUUGGCCCUGGAAAAGCAGUGUCUGGCCUUGUCCUUGGACUGGUCCACUGGGAAAGCUGGAAGGGCCAGUGACCAGCCCUUGAAAAUCAUUAGCAGUGACUCCAAAGGGCAGCUCCACCUCCUGAAGAUCGGCGAGGCGGGGCCCGGAUUGCAGGCCGUGGUCACGUGGCGGGCCCAUCAGUUCGAGGCCUGGGUUGCUGCUUUCAAUUACUGGCAGACGGAAGUCGUGUACUCAGGUGGGGACGAUGGCCUCCUGAAGGGCUGGGACACCAGGACGCCCGACACUGCCGCCUUCAGCAGCCGCAGACACUCCAUGGGCGUGUGCAGCAUCCAGAGCAGCCCCCACCAUGAGCACGUCUUGGCCACGGGAAGCUAUGACGAGCAUGUUCUCCUCUGGGACACGCGGAGCCUGCGGCGGCCGCUGGCGGACGUUCCCGUGCAGGGCGGGGUGUGGAGGCUCAAGUGGCACCCGUUCCAGCGCGACCUGCUCCUGGCGGCCUGCAUGCACGGCGGCUUUACGAUCAUCGACUACCAGAUGGCGGCAGCAGCACAGCUUGCUCUCUGCCGCCCUGGCUCCCGGCAAGGCUGGACUCGUGGGCCUGAGCUCGUGCAGCGCUGCUGGUGCCGCACCUCAAGCAAACCUGCGCGUUUCGAGGAAGAACAGGAAGCCGUCUCUCUGUCCUACCCCUUGCCCAACUCGCUGGUGUAUGGAAUCGACUGGUCCUGGCUCUACUUCUGCCGUCUGCCGCAGACCCAGCCGUCCUUCCCUGGCAGUGACCCAGAAGCCAGAACAGCAGACCAGGACCCUACCCUGAAGGUUGCAGACCCGUCACCAGCACCCUCUUCAGAGUGUUUAGCUGACAGUGAUGGAGUGGGUGGCACCACACCCCAGAACGGAAGCAAGCUAGAGGCUCCUCUGCAGCCAUCUGCAGAGGACAAGGAUGGCCGGCUGCCUACUACAGGGAUCAAGAUCUGUGACUGCGACCAGGAUCUGGAGGCAGCAGACUUUAACAUCAACCUUCUGGCCACUUGCUCUUUUUAUAAUCACGUUCUUCACCUCUGGAAGUGGGAGAACAUCUGAGCUGGGGAAGACCUUGCUUGGUUUGACAUAUUAAAGACAAUUUCCACAAAUAAAA